UUGACGUGACGUCAUUUUUACGUCUAAAUUUAUUUGUCAUCCUUUUGUUUUUAGAUAUAUACAUACUUAAUUGUAAAAAUUUAUAUUUUAUUAACUUCUGCAAGAAAAGAAAUUUAAAUCAAGAAAUCAAGUGUGUUGACAUAAUGAAUCACGGAGAUAUUGUCGAUUUUACAUCGCUUGAUUCAGAUAUUCAAGAAUUAAUAAAACAAAGUGCAGUUGUACGAGAAUACUCAUAUGCACCUUAUAGCAAGUUUAAAGUGGGUUCUGCAAUACUUUGCACUGAUGGAACAAUUUUUAAAGGCUGUAAUGUGGAAAAUGUAUCGUAUCCUGUUGGAAUAUGUGCAGAAAGAACAGCUAUUGCAAAAGCGAUAUCAGAAGGGAAAAGAAAAUUUAAAAUAUUAGCAGUAGUAGCAGAUCAAGAAAAUGGUGGAUUUACCACACCUUGUGGCUUGUGUCGACAAACUAUUGUUGAGUUUGGUAAUAUAACUAUUUAUUGUGCAAGGUCUGAUAUGAAAGAUGUAUUACGGACUACAAUAAAUGAUUUACUUCCCUUUGCAUUUAGUCCAGAUAUGAAAAAUUAAA